GGCUGGGGGAGCUGGUGUGCAUGGCACAGAGGAGCCAAGGUGAACAGCCAAGGAGAAACCAGAGACAUUCAAGGGACUGGGGAACGUUCUUCAUUGUACGAGUGGCCUGAGGGGAUCUGCUUCAGGAUACGGCUCCAAAGGGCGCGUGAGAUGCUGAGACUGACACCAGUCUGCCCAAGCAUGGAUGGAAAGGCAGCCCUACGCAGCAGCUUCAUAAAACUUACACCGGGACCACCUCAUGCCAUGGAACCCAGCCACGCCACCCCGUCCCCUGCAUUGCCGAUGGCUGCUGGAGAGAACACGUGUGAGAUGGAUGUCUUUGAUGCGGCUGUGGAUGGGGCCACGCUGCUCAUCAGCCUGUGUGGGCUGGUGGGUAACGGGGCCGUCUUCUGGUUGCUCAGCUGCCGCAUCCGCAGGAACCCCGUCACCGUCUAUGUCCUCAACCUGGCCAUGGCCGACUUCACCUUCCUGCUCUUCAUGCUCACCUACACCCUCCUCAACCUUCUGAAAGACCUCUCCUGCUCCACGCUGCCCAUCUUAGUGAAGCACCUCGUAUCACUCCUCCUGCUCUCGCUACUUGCCCACAACAUGGGCAUGUAUCUGCUGGCGGCCAUCAGCAUCGAGAGGUGUGUGUCUGCCUUCUGCUCUGGCAGGACCCACUGCCACCGUCCCCAGCACCUGUCAGCCAUGGUGUGUGCCCUGCUCUGGGUCCUCUCCAUCACUGUCAUUGCCGUGGUGACAUCCCUGUGCCUGUCCCACCAGCAAGAGCAGUGCCGCCUGGCACUCAUCGCCAUGUACAUCCUCAACUUCCUUCUUUCUGCCCCAUCCAUGGUCAUUUCCAACAUGAUCCUGCUCAUUAAAGUGCUGUGCAGCUCCAGGCAGCGCCAGCACAGGAGGCUCUACAUUGUUAUAUUUCUCACAGUCCUCUUCUUCCUCCUCUUUGGAGUCCCCCUCAGUGUCUGGAAUUUCAUGCAGCAUUUCAGCUCAGACCCACUUGGGCAUCACCAGGUGGUUUUCCUGCUCGCCUGCAUCAACAGCAGCAUCAACCCCUUCAUCUAUGUGUUGGUGGGUAGCGGCAGGAGGCACUGCUCUUUGGCAUCCCUCCAGGUUGCCUUCCAGAGGGUCUUUGAGGAGCUGGGUGAUGAUGGUGUGGGCAGCAACAACUCCAUGAUGCGCACGCUGAGCUCAGCCCCUUGAAGCCUUUCCACUGCUUUACAUUAGGAGAAUUCUGGGGGGUGAGGGGGUGGGGUUGGUGUUCCUGGGGAGCACGGUCAAUAAAUAUCUGCAUUGUAUCCUGGUAUAUCACUCUCUUGCUGCACCCUCGGGUGCGUGAUAGUGCAGCCGCGAUGUCCCUGAGGUGCUACUGCCAGCCUCUCUGCUUUUUGGGAAGGACUGACCCACAUGCAAGAGGAUGAAACACAUUCAGUGUUCUAAGCCCCCGUCCCCCAACCCCUGGGCAGCCCUUCCCCAGCCGUGCCUCCUCCUGCUGACAGCAAACACCAUGUGCACACCCCAGCCCAUUUGUGGUGCCAGCCACCCGCGUGCCUGUCCCCACUCCACUGACCAUAGAACCCCAACCCGCCCUCCACCCCCGGCCAUGCGGAAGAAUGAGAGUCAGUGGCAGAGCAGCAGCUUUAUUGGGGGGGCAGACCCGGAGAUGCCCGCAGCGGAGUGGAGCCCGGAGACGGCAGAUCCUCCGCAAAGAGCUGCGAAGCGGUCG